CCACGCCAAGAAAAGAAUAGACGAAUACACAAAAGCGAUUUCAGAUCCAAAAAGUGCUUCUCGAUGGCUUGGUUUAUUAAAAGCAGCAUGUCGUUCAUCGCAGGAACCGGUUUAGGAGUGUACAUAGCUCAGAACUACAACGUACCAAACGUGAAGAAGCUUGCUUCCAUGGCUGUUUCGGUCGCGAGUCACCUAGAACAGGCUUAUAGGAAACCCAAGCCUGAGUCUAACAACAAAGACGAUGAUGUUCAAGAUUCUUAGUUCUCCUCUGCUCGUCAACAACCUUUUUAUUUUUAGGAAGAAAAAAUAUGUUUCUUUAUUCGUUGUGUUAUGGAGCGGUUACAUUACUUGUUCAGCUACUCUUUCAUGUCUUUGCGCUUAUUUACUUAAUAUAAAGUUUUUUGAUUGUAU